GGAUGGUGCCGGCGCCGGGCGGGGGUAUUAUCCCAUGAUUUUGGAAGAUGUGGGACUUUUAUGUAACAAUCGCUAUUUGGGACUCAGUUUCAGAACUGAGCAGUGUUGCAAGGCAGAAGGACCUGUGUUCAUGCCUGAAUUGAAGUGGGAACUUCAGACCGUCACUGACAGAAGCCCCUUGCCCUGCCAGGUUCUGGAUGCCAAGCACCUCCUGCUCAUGCAACUGAUGAAUGCGUGAAGAGGAAGCUGACCAGGAGAGGGACUCUUGAGCAGCUGCUAAGAUGGGCAUGAGAAUCAAGUUGCAUAGCACCAAUCACCCCAACAACCUGCUGAAGGAACUCAACAAGUGCAGGCUCUCCGAGACCAUGUGUGAUGUCACCAUUCUGGUGGGGAGCCGCUCUUUUGCUGCACAUAAGGCUGUUCUGGCCUGCGCUGCAGGCUACUUCCAGAAUCUCUUUUUGAACACAGGGCUGGAUGCUGCCAGGACCUAUGUAGUGGAUUUCAUCACACCAGCCAACUUUGAGAAGAUCCUCAGCUUUGUAUACACUUCAGAGCUCUUCACAGACCUAAUCAAUGUGGGUGUCAUUUACGAGGUGGCAGAGCGACUGGGCAUGGAAGAUCUGCUGAAGGCCUGCCAUUCAACCUUCCCUGACUUGGAGAGCUCAGCUAUCACAAAGCAGUCCUCUCUGUCCAUGGGCGAAGGCCGGUCAGGCCCUCUGAGCAGCACCUCGUCAGAACAGAAACAUUCUUUGGGUGAAAUCCGGAGCGGUGGGGAACAUUUUGGCCCCGAACGGAAUUACAUCUUGCAUGGAGAAGUGGCAGGCAGCUACAAAGAGUGUGACCGGAAUACCGUGAAUGAGGCCAGCCAGACUCUUCCCCUGAUGCAUCAGCAGCCUCCUAAGACAGAACAAGAAUCAGAACAAGGGCAGUUUGCUCCUGCCACAAGUAUGGCAACCCAGCCCAACCUGGGCAGUGUAAAUGUUGGUCUUCAAACCAGUACAGGCUCCUGCCAACAGUAUAAAGUCCAGAGCAAUGGCGACUACAGCAAGGGUGGCUUCUUUACUGCUGAUACUUCCCUGGACAUCUCCACGGGGAGCAAUUCCUGUCCCAGCAACAGCGAUCACUCCAAAGAGCAAGGUUUUGGGCAGAUGGAUGAGCUUCAGCUGGAAGACUUGGGGGAUGAUGAACUACAUUUUGAAGAUGCGAGUGAAGAGCUUGGCCCAACAGAAGAAGUUAUUGAGCUGAGUGACGACAGUGAAGAAGAGCUGACCUUUGAGAAUGACAGCCGGGAAAGCAAGGCCAUGCCCUGUCAGGUGUGCAAAAAGGUCCUGGAACCCAACAUCCAGUUGAUCCGCCAGCACGCAAGAGAUCACGUUGAUCUGCUCACUGGGAACUGCAAAGUCUGUGAGACUCACUUUCAGGAUCGGAAUUCCAGGGUCACUCAUGUUUUGUCCCACAUCGGGAUCUUUCUCUUCUCCUGUGACAUGUGUGAGACCAAAUUCUUCACCCAGUGGCAGCUUACCCUCCACCGAAGAGAAGGAGUGUUUGACAAUAACAUCAUUAUCCACCCCAGCGACCCUCUCCCAGGGAAGAUCAGUAUGUUUGGUGGGGGAUCUGGCUCAGAGCUGGCAUGUGCUGCCUGCGGGAAGCCUUUGGCCAAAGAUUUCCACACUGUCCGCAGCCACAUCCUGGACCACGUGAACUUGAAAAGCCAAACAUGUGGUGUGUGUGAUCAGAGGCACCUCAACCUCUGCAGUCUGAUGUGGCACACCCUGUCUCAUUUGGGGAUCUCGGUCUUCUCCUGCUCUGUUUGUGCCAACAGCUUUGUAGAUCGACACCUUCUGGAGAAACACUUGGCUGUUCACCAGAACAUGGAGGAGGCUCUUUUCCGGUGCCAUUUCUGUGGCCAGAGCUUUAAGCUGGAAGCAGCGUAUCGUUAUCAUGUCAGCCAGCACAAAUGUGGGGGCAGCCUGGACAUCCGACCGAGCUUUGGUGACCGUCUCCAGCAGCAGGGCCUCCAGAAGAGGAAGCUGCCUGAAGAAUUUUUGAGUGAAGACUUGGCACUGCAAAAUCAACCAGGCAAUAGUAAGUACAGCUGCAAAGUCUGUGGAAAGAGGUUUGCCCACACCAGUGAAUUCAACUACCACCGGAGGAUUCACACCGGAGAAAAGCCCUACCAGUGCAAAGUGUGUCAUAAGUUCUUCCGUGGCCGCUCCACCAUCAAGUGCCACCUGCGGACGCAUUCUGGAGCCCUCAUGUACCGAUGUACUGUAUGUGGACAUUAUAGCUCCACACUCAACCUUAUGAGCAAGCACAUAGGUGUGCACAAAGGCAGCCUGCCCCCUGACUUUACCAUUGAACAGACUUUCAUGUAUAUUAUCCAUUCCAAAGAUGCGGAGAAAAACACGGACAGCUGAUUGGGUGAGAUGGGACUGGACCAGCAAAGGAGCAAAUGCUAAUUACAGAAGCUGUGGAAAAAUGUCAUUUGUUUUAUUUAAUGGUCAGACAUCAUGGAUGGAAUCCUCCUUUUCUAUUCUUUUUAAUGUUUUAGGCCUUACUAGGGCUUUUUCAAUUGGCAUUGUACAAAUUAACAGUAUGUAAGCUAAAUCACUAUUUCCAAGAAGUCUGUCAUGUUUACUUACCUCUGGUCCUGUUAGAGGACAUUGAGUUCUGUGUUUUUAGCAUUUCACGCUGAGUUUUGAAUCUUUUUUUUUUUUUUUAACCUUUUAGCCCAUUUGAUUAGGCUAACUCUCAGUUUGAGCUUACCCACAAACUGAUGCUGCUAAGAUUUUGAAACCUGACCUCAAUAGAGAGGGACAGAGCCAGAGCAAGACAGUACUGGACUCAAAAAAAUAACUAAAAGAAAAAAGACAGGAAAAAAGAGACUCAUUCUAGGCAUCACUGGGGUUCUGCUGCUAUCGUGAGGAGGUAAGCAAAGUCUGUGUCACAAAAUCAGCCUUGAAAUUGUCUUUCCGCUGCAGGGGAGAUUAGCAACCAGCAUGUGUGUGUGCACAUGCAAAUGAGAAGGGGUACCUAGGAACAAAUUAAUAGGAGGAUGAUUUGUUGCUCGGAAGGGCAAUUCCCAAUCAGUGCCUCUUGUGAUUGUGGUCUCUGGGAGGCCUGUCUGAACAGAGAGUGCAGCUGGCAGUUUCACUGCCAUCCCCAUGACAUGCCUCUCAAGUUUUCAAUGACCCCCCCCCCAUUUCAAAACAAGGGAAAUGAAGGAGUAACGCCACCGCUUUGAAGAGAGCAGUCUGAGCAGAGGGGAUGGCUGCUUUGAAGGAAAGAGAUGGAUGUUUGAGCAGAGAUAUCUCUCAGAAGAAUCACUGAACUGGAGAGGGCAAGGGAAGCAGAUUUAUGCUAUGGGGCUGGCUGCUUCUUAGGAAAUAAUUUUUGAUGGAAUAGUCAUGCCUAACUUCUGCUGGCCCAUGGUUGACCAUCAUGAGCGUGCUGAUAUCCCCUCAGCUCUGAUUUGUGUGCUUAUGGCAGCUGUGCACAUAGAGCUCUGCCGACACAGUGUGCAUCUGAGGGCUUCCAGUCGUUGGAAGCAUUGGAUGUCUGAGAGCAGCAGGGUUGCUGAGGCCUGCGUAAAUCCCAGCAGACAAGGAUUUGAUGAAACCGUUGCCUUAACUCCCAGGAAGGUGUCUUUGAGAAGGACUGUUUUCUCUGCUAAAAGGAUAGCCCCCUCCCGUGGUUAAUGCAGUAAAUCACCACGUCCCAGACGUCUCACUGCGAAAUGUGUAUUGCAGGAUAUUGUUGGUGCCAAUGUAAGUUGGUUUCAUUUUUUUUAUUGAAUAAUGCUGUAACUUUAGCACAUGCCAGCUGGUGGCUGCAGCUUCAGAAGCUUGCAGGAAUAUAACUGAUGUGUAUCUCAGCCUGUCCUGGACAUACGUCAAGCACAGGCUUGGGACUCCUCCUCAGAGCUGUGCGCUUUCCUGCAAAGUGGGCUUUUCCAGCUGUGCUAGCAAGAUCGAUCCCAUGCUUGUAAUGUUUACACCAGGAAGGGUGGGAACUGGCUUUUUCCCAUGUUAUCCUGCUGUGGGGCAGAGGUGGAGAGGAAUGAAUAUUUCAAAUACCACAGCAUGAGUUAUAACUGCCCUUAGGUAACUCAUACUACCUCACAAACAGGAAGCGCUCAGGGCUUUUAAGCCACAGUUGUAUAGUAAAUUGGGCUCCUGCGCUUCUGUGAAGAUAUACUGUUACAAAACAAAACUAGUGAUUUGCAAACCCUGUAAAAGAGUUAAUUCUUGAAGUCAUCCCACCUUCUCCCCCUCUUGAAGGGACAACCCACAACAGAGGAGCAGCAUGAUCUGGACGCAUGGUUACUGAGCUAGGAAUUUCUGGGGUUUAUGCCCCCCCACUCCAUUGUGGCCUUGGGCAAGUCACUUCACCUCUUUGCCUCAGUUUCCUCAUCUGUAAAAUGAGGAUGGUAACACUUGUGGUACCUACCUACCUCCCUGGAGUGUGGUGAAGAUUACUGGCUCAUAUCUGCAAAGCGUGUGGAAGAUGCAAAGCACUUAGUGAAUGUUGCUAUUUAGCAUCCUAGGGCAAUAACAGCCUCCAUCCUUUCUUAUUCUGUACCAAUUUAUUGAGGUACAGCAACCACCUAGCAGGGUCAUUUUGCUCCUGUUACAGCUUUCCUUGUCCAGAGCAAAUCUCCUUUAAGUCUUGUCCCUGUUGCAGUCCUGUGAAGCAAGUUCUGUGGCAGAGUGAGAGGGACAGCCACAUUCCCUUCAAUGCUAGCUGCAUUGGAGAAGGGGGUUUGAGGAAGGGGCUUGUCAGAAUGGGAAGGAGGACUGUGCAUGCUGGGAUGUAGUGGCAUUGUAAUGCAACUGAGACUCCAGUGUUUGAAAGGAGCUUUUCACUUGUCUCCUGUGUAAAUUGCUGUCCAGGAGAAUAAGGAAGAGUUGGUCUUCCCUUCCCAAGAAUGGAGGGAGUGGAGAUUAUACAAGUGUGCAACUGCUGGUUGCAUCUGAAGGCUUUUGAUUGUUAGCUCCGUACACAGAAUCCUUCCCCAUCUACAGCUGAUCUCUUUGAUUUGCCUGUAAAGCUGCGUUUCCCUCCUCAGUAGCUCCAGAGUUUGCUUAGCUCUCACAGGGGCAAGAGACAACAGCCCUGUGUCAAGCUGCGCUCCACCUGGCAGUGCUGAUCCCUGCAUGGACACGAUACCUCUUUUCAGAAAGCUCUUUUGUCCAAAGCUUGAGAUAAUCCUCUGUCACCCUAUGGAGCUGCAAUACCUUAGUCAGAUCACACUACAGAAACACAAGGUGUCAGAGGAACAGACCUUGCCUGGGAGGAAAAGGAGAAACCAAGGCUGUUAAGGAGUUUUGCAUCCCUUCCACAGCCCGUGUAAUGUUGGCCAAGUUUGAGGCUAGCUGACAUUGUCCUGGUAGUGUUAAACUGGACUCAUGCUCUUGAUGUUUUGGUGCCUGGUGCAUGUUUGCAAGAGGAAAAUGGAUACUGAAAUGAUAGCUAACUCUCAUGGGAGAUUGAGAAGGGUAUUCCAUGCUUGUCAGGUGAAGCUGUGGCUUCCAAACUCUGAUCUUGUGGUACCACUAGUCACCCACCAGGCCUUAGUGCGUGAUCUUUAACAGGUCUGUGGAACUAUAUCUUGCCUAGUGUUUUUAAUUAAAAAAAACACCAAGAAUGCAUGGUGCUCUAGAAAAGUGUGGAGAGUUGACAGUGAUUCACUGGAGGCUCCACUGAGGAGCUCUCUAUGUUGUGGAGAUUCUUUCAUUUCCUGAUGGUAGCAAGAUGUGCUUGGUAGACAAGAUGGUUCUAAAGCUGACUGGAUAGGAUCCAGGGCAACAUGAUCUAGGUGACCAUGCUUGAACGGGGGUGUGGUGGGGUUAGGGUUAGAUGGUCUCCCAAGGUCCCUUCCAACCUCAACCAUUCUGUGAUUCUGUGAAGACUGUAGGGUGAUGGGAAAUGAAUGUGGUAUGCUCUGGAGAUUGCUAUGAAUGAUGUUGAGGGAGGCAGACUAGGCUUAGGAUAACUGAAUUUUUAAAGCCUCUAGAUCCUCCUAAAAUGUCCCAGAAGCUGUGAUGAGCUUUUAGAUGGAUUGGGGCACUGCCAAGUGGUAACCGUCUGUAGCCCUAUAUCUAGCUAAGCUGUGAAACAAAAGCCUUUUGUGCACAUAAACCAAAAAGAGAAGCUUUUACACUGAAACACUAAGCAAAAGCCCACCCCAUUUUCUGCUGGUUAUUUUGGGGAGUGGGGAUAGGGACAGAGAGAUCACUUCCCUGCUGUUUAUUUUUUUUUUCUUUUUUUUUCUUUUGAUUCUUUCCUAUGUUAUAAUGAACUGUUCCUAUUCCCAUGUGAAAUAUUCUGAGAUCAGCAGCAAGUUUUCAAGGGAAUGUGGCAAUGGGAUUUUGGUCUACAGUGUUCUCUGGAUGUGCUGGCCUUGUGUCACUGCUCUUCCUUGGAUUUGCAAAAUGGUGAUUUUUUCCAAGAGGGGUCCAAGAUCUCAGCUCUCCCUUCCCAGGAAUCCAAUGGUAGGACCCAGCCAUUGUGUUUUGGAGAACUGCUGCCCAGUGUGCCUAAUACCAGAGCCUUUCCACUGGGUGUGCUGGGCUUUUAGCCAUGGCUGUAACCCCUGAUGGCAUAGCCCUGGUGCAUGGGGCCUCAGCACUUCUCCAAGCUGAUGGCCAGCUUUAGCCCUCUGUCUUCCUCUUCCUCUUGGUGAUGUGGCUGUCUCUUAGCCUAGUCACUCUGGCUAGGAGCUCCAGUGUUUCUCAAGGAAGCUCUGUGGCUCAGGAGGGCAGGAUUGGAUGGAGUUUACAGAUAAGAAAUCUCUGCUGUACUUUAAUCCUGAAUCCAAAGCAGACGGCUUUGGCCAACGGGGCUGUGGGUCUGACCCAGCUGUGUCACAACAAACAUAUCCUGGUGAUGACUCUGGCUCUCUGAGCCAUCUCCAUCAGCACUGGCAUCGGGGUCAGGAGGGCCAGGUUGCAACCGUGCUCCAGCUCUGCUUGAGAAGCAAAACGCUGUUUGCUGCGGUUAGGGAAGCAGUAGUGUCCAGUGGGCUGAAGUGGAAACACAGCUCCUGGUUCCGUUCCUCAGUCUGUCACUGACUCACUGUGCGACCUUUGGCAAAUCUGUUCGCCUCUUUGCCUUGCUUCCCCACCCUCUCCCUCCCCGUCUGUAAAAGUGGGGGAUAAUAAGGAAUUACCUACCUCACUCGGGGAGGCUGUGAGGUUUAAUUCAUGUUUGUAAAGUGCUUUGGGAUCCUCGUGAUGAAAUAGGAGAAUAUAGAGGGAAAAUACUUUGCUGUUAGUUUUCUCAGCUGCUUUUGCAGUGUUUUGUUUGGUUGUGGGUUCUCACACACUACUGGAGCCUGAAGCAAGCUGCAUGCCUUUGACUUCCGCAGUAGGAAUGGCUCAGGCAAGGAGCAGCCACUGCACACCGCUUCAAGGCUAGCUGUCUUGAAACCCUGACACAAUAAUCCACCUCCCAAAGGCAGUACUGUGAGACUGGUCUUAUUCUAAUUUUUAAAACACAAAAUUCAGUCUUGUUUUAUUCUCCCCUUUCUCAACGGAUCCAGAUCUCUUAACAAAAUAAUUAAGGAGAAGAAAGAAAAAGAGUUGAAUUGCUGUCUAACCUUUUUGUUAAGUUAAUAGUAGGUACUGACCUCCUGAUAUUUAAGUGUUUACUAUCUAUUUGCUGUAAAGUUUUGUAUAUUUUGUAAACUUCUCCCCAAACAGUAGAUGUCUAAAAUCGUUGUACAUCGGGUUCUUUUAUACUCCAUUGUUCAGCACAAAG